AUGUUCCCCUUGCACUUCAUCUCCCUGCCCUUGGCACUUGCCUUGCUCGCAACCGCAGCCGAGUCUCAAGUAUGCCCCACUCAAACUGUCUUCUCCUCCGACAAGGGUUUCAACAAUCGAACAUUCACCAUGGCGCUUCACGUGGCUCCGCCGUUUGUGAGUUACAACAAGGAAGUCUCAGGCUCGAGCCGCUUCAGUGGGCUGACCAUUGACAUUGCGAACCUUCUGGAGAAUGAGCUUUCAUGCAAAUUUGAAUUCAUGUUAGCCGAUGGAAACAAUCCAGAAUCUUCUAGAGCAGCAGUGCAAUCAGUGGUCUCAAAUGCGGGCAGCAGCCCUCAAGCUCAGAUUGCGGGUGGGGCUCUUGAAAUCACCACAGAGCGGUCGAGCAUUGCACAUUUCACCAUUCCUUACUAUGACACAGGAUACAUCUUGAUAGUCCAAAGGCCUGCACAAAGUCCCAGUUUAUGGCACUUUUUCGGUCCAUUUCAAACCACGCUUUGGAUAGCUGUCCUUGUUGAGAUUGUUGCGGUGGCUCUUCUGUGCUACCUGAUGGAAUCUCCCUUUCUUUCCUCCAUCAAGGAUUCAGAUAUUGUAGAUACUGCCAAUCUGGCAAGUUUUUUGACCGCUUCGUUUUCCGUCCCGGGAAUCAGUGAUUGGAGUAGUGUUUUGAACAGCAAGGGGAAGUUCAAAUUAGCACUUCCAGCAGGUGGGCUCCAUCAAGCUUUCGUACAAUUCGAAAAGAAACAAUAUCCAAAUGCGGUGUUCAAUGUCACCUGGACAGACUCGUGGGAAAGCGCAGUCAAAAUGGUUGGUGACGGCUUAGCCGAUGCUACAUUUCACGAUGAGCCGAUAGUGCAAGAUUACAUCGUUCGUGAGGGGCUCAACUGUAAAGUGAUGGAAACUGGGAAAAUAUUCAAUGUAUUUGGAUAUGGCUUUGCAUUCAACUAUGCGUCCCUGGACUUCAUACCCUUCUCACAGGCUAUUGUAUCUCUAAAGGAAAGUGGUGAAAUUGGACAGCUGAUCAAGAACUAUCAGGUGGGAACCUUUCAAACCACUUCCACAGAAUCGUGUGCGGUCACUUCUGGAGACAAUUCUUUUUCUUUUCGAGACAUGCUUGGGCUGUUCUUGAUGACAAGUGGAGUGAUCUUUGUGGGAUUCGUCAUAAAUGCGAAAGAAGCAAGAGAACAAAACAAGUACGACGGAGAAGGGCAGCUGAUGCGCAAUGGGACAGGAAUCCUCUUGUCAUUGAAGUCAAUGUGUGAGACCCUGAGAGACGGCGAGAGCGCACGAGACGUUGAUGUCAAAUCUGAGCUUCUAGCAUACAUCGAUGGCAUACUGGACUCUAGCAGGCAGAAUGGUUCCAAGCCAGAGGACGAGUUUCUGCGGAAGGAUUGUGUCGGAGACAGACUUCUAUACGGCAAGGUGUCGCUGAUUGAGCUGGACGACCAAACUUUGAAGCAGCUGCGCAUGUAUGUUGAUGAGUGGCUCUAA